GGGGCGCAUGCGCGCGGCGCCGGCCGUGCGCGGGGGGUUCUGGGAGCCCCCGCGGGGGCGGGAAGGGAAAGUGAAAGGAGCGGAGCCCUGAGAUGUGGCGUGUCAGAGCCGCCUUGGUCGUUGGCUUCCUCACCUCCCUCAGCCUGCCUGGCUGCAGCCCGGACCCGACCGGGAAAGAUUGCUCAGAUUUCUCAUAUACAUCUUGUGAAGAAUGCUUGGAAAAUAUUGAUUGUCUCUGGUGUUUUGUUGAAGAGCGAUGCAUGAAGUAUCCAGUUGAGUUUAUUAUUCCACCUAGUUCAAUAUGUCCUUUGCAUGAAGCUCGUUGGGCAGUUUGUUGGGUGAACUUUGAAUCCUUGAUCAUUGCGAUGUCCAUUGUUGGGGGACUCAUUCUUCUGCCUUUGGUGUGUUGCUGCUGUUAUUGCUGUUGCAAGUUCAAACUAUGUUGUUGCCAGAAGAAAUCACACUGUCCUGAUGAAGAGGAAGUACGUCUGGCCAGGCAGCAAGAAGAGAGGAGGCAACGUAAUGAGCAGAGAAAAUCAGACAGAAGUGCACGUUACGAUGAAAUCCGCAAAAAAUACGGUCUUAUUCAGAAUUCAGAACCCACCUUUCGCAGGUUUGAGAAUGAAUAGAGAUUCGAACUUUGGACUUCGAAGAGUGGCUAAAUCAAUUUCAGUGGCUGUCCAUCUGUUGCUUCAAUAUUUAGUUAAUACUUCUGUCUUUCCAUACUUAUAUUUAACAAUUACAUAUUGCUACCUCUUUCAAGGUACAACGAGGUGUUAGGUCAGAAACGAAUUAAGAUGCCAAAAAAAUUGAUGAAAGCCACCCACCACAGGAACAGAGACAGGAUUUGGACCAUAGAUGAGUUGUAACAUUAGUUAUAUCAUUUGAUGCAUUAAUGAAAAGAAAAUUCUAAAACAUAGAACUUGUUACAUAAAUUACAACAUUAUAGUAGUUAAAUUAAGACAUUAAAAAGUUAAACUAGAAACCUGAAACCAUGAAGAUUAAAAUAAAUUAUAAUGUAAAAAAAAACAAGAGCACUGAAAUUAAACUCAACCACUUAAGUCCAUCAUAAAAAAUCUUUAAAAGUCAAUUGUACAUAAAAGAUUGGUCCUGGAUACUAAGGAGGAGAAACCCUUAAAUUUCUUGAUCCCCAGAAAGCUCUUAAAGAAGUUAUUAUUUGGAAAUCAUUUCCCCCUAGCUCCAAUAACAAAGCCAAACAAAUGCACAAACUCAGCUCUACAGUAUCUAAAAAGGCCUUACAGGGGGAGCCAUUUUUAUCUUCAAACUCAAUAGUUACUUCAACCGGUGCAGCUGAGUUCUCUUUACUAAAAAUAACAUGUGGUAUCCAUACCUUUCCAGCAACAUCAACAAAUCAUCCAUAAAAACAGUCCAUUUACACUGGGAGAGCUUAUUGUAACUUCAUCCCAACAGCUGUUAUGCCUGAUGAUCUUAGGGUUUUGACAGGCAUAUAUCUCCUGGAAAUGUGGCCCAGGGUUUCCUUGGUCAUCCAGCAAUGCCCACAGGAUUUAUUCUUUCCAGGUCUAGCCAGGCCAAGAUUACUUUUAAUGGGAUAGGUAUUUGAUUCUUAAAACCAGUAUGUUGACUUUCUAAAUUAGAUUGUCUAAACAGGAUAUGACCCCCUAUCCAAUCAUUUCAACCAGUGUCAUUUGUAAAAUACCUGAACCUGAUCCCCUGGGGCUGGUCCUGUUAUAUUCCUCCAAGGAUUAAUCUUUUUGCAAGAGCUGUCCUCAAUACUACUGACAUCCAAAUCGUCAUUGCUCAUUGUACUACUUUUCAAACAUUUCAGUUUCUCAUAUCUAAUAAUGGCAUCUUCGAGGUUAGUACCCACAUAUUCAAACAAACGGGGGACCAGGCCAUUACUCACAUGUAGAAAUUAUUUUAAUUUCCUCAUUGUUAAGAUGAGGAUCUGCACUUGAAAAAUGGACACCCCUAGUCCUCUUAUCACAAGCCUUCCAGUAUGAAAUUCCAUUGUUGAUGCAACUCAGCAAGAACUUCUUAAUAGAAUUCCUAAUAUCGAGUUUUAAUUAAGUAUUCUGUGAUACCUCACAUAAAGGCAGCAAGUAAUAAAAUUAAGGAAUUAGAAAAUCUUUAAAAAUCUCGAUUAUCUGCAUAGGCUUUCACCUGGCCUUCGACAAAUUUGGGGACCAGCUCUCUAACUUCUUCCACUAGCUAUUGUCCAUGCAGCUGAUCCAAGGGUCUACUCGGGCACCCAAAUAUUCUUCAAAAGAACUAAGGAGCAGUUUAAAAAAAAAGUUCAAUAUUACUAAUUUCCCAGUUCUUAACGGUGUUAAAAGUAAUAUCUUAUUUUUGAACAUCAUUUAAAAACCUGCUGUUUUCUUCACAUUAAUUUUCAAUCUGAUUUUAAGACAACAUUUCUUGACCAUCCUAAGAUUUUUAGAUAAACCCUUGUGAGAAUCAUUCACGGGGGUUACAUCAUCAGCAGAAACUAGAGUAGUACAAUCUAUAUCACUGUUAUCUAGAUAAAGAAACACAUCCUUCCUUAUCUAAGUAAUGGAAUUAAGUGUCCAUGAUUUCAUGAAAUGAAAUAGGUGAAAGUGAAUCACCUUGCUUGACCCCCUUUUAAUAGGAAUAGGAUCAAUUUUUAGCUUUAUUACCUUCGAUUCUCAUAGUCAAGUUUGAAUAUGUCCAUAACGAGGUUAGUAAAAAUACUUAUUGACCUCCAUAUGACCCAAGGCUUUUACUAUUUAUUUGUUCCCCGUGGAGUUGAAUGCUUUUACGAAGUCUGCAAUGACAACUGUAAGAUUUUUGUAGUUCCUCUUGGUCCAAAUAUUAAUUUAUUUAAAGUAGUUAUGUUUUGGUCAUAUUCAGGGGUAGCCGCUAAAAAACCCCAGCGGGGACUGUUCAGUUUCACAGCCUCCACUAGUCGUUUGUCUAAGGUCUGGUUAGAAAUCCUGAGGAAUAUGGAAUAGGCCUCUCGUUAUUAAUGUUCUGUAAUUUAACAGAGUGGUCAGAUUUGGGAAUAGGAAUAGGCUGUCUUUGAUUUUAUCAGAUACUUUGCCACAUUUAACCCAAGAAGAUUAAAUUGCACUGAAAUCUCGAUCUCUAUUUUCUUGACCUCACCUGCCCAGGUCCAUAGCUGUGUCAUUUUUAAAACCGUUGUGGGUCUCCCUUGGCCACAAUGACUGCUACUAAUAAAUAUUCAUUCCUUGCACUGGAUGGACAUGGGCUUAAAUAAACAUUUGCUUUGUUGUAAAACACUAAUUUCUAAAAUAUGCUAAGUUGCCUUUUUGAAGGUAGAUAUACCUCUUCUGAUGUGGCUGAUUGUACUUUUGUAACAAAACCAACAAUUAUUAUAUAUUUUCAGCAGACUGAUAAUUGCAAUGAGUGCUUUUUUUAGCUACUUAUCUUACAGUAUACAGUAUUGGUAAGAUGGGAAUUAAAAUCAACAUUGUAUUCUAGGCUUUAUUUUAAUAUUGCACACUUGAUGUUUUAAAAAGCAAGCUUUCUCAAAAAUGCUGCAUUCAAUUAAAACAGUCUGUUUCAAUUCAAACGGUAUCUUUGCCAUUUAAUACAGCUUAUCAAAACUGAAGGUUUAGUUAUGCUUGUAUUUUGUAGAGGUAGAUGGUGUCAAAAUCACACUAUUUUCAGAGGUAUGUACUUUGUAUAUAGCAAAAAGCCUUAACUUGUUCUUAAAGGUAUCACUUGUGAUAUGAUUCAUUUAGAAGCAGUAGGUGAUUUUUUUUCUGAAUCAUAAUGGAGUAUUUUUAGUAAUAACAAAGAUUAUAAAUUUCGGUGCAGAAGAAAAGGUUCAUUGAGAAUUGCACUGCAAUAAUUAACCACAUAUAAGAAACAUUGUGGUUUAAAAUGAAGUUUGUUAUUGCCAUAACACAACUUGCAUCAUGAAUAUUGGUGUCUACUUAAAAAAAAUUAAACUGUAUGCAUUUGUCACAUGCUUAUGUUAUUUUGAAAGUAAUGAUGAUAGACAAAAUACUUGCCUGUAGACAAUUCAGAUUCUAAGAUUUUUAAACCUUUCUGAACAGAGAGGGUGUUGCAAUCUUUUUUUCUCUGGUAGAAAUCAAGUAGAUGAUUUGUUAAUAAUGUCUACAAAUGCCAAAAGAAGUGAUAAAUUAAACAGUCUGUUUCCUCAUA